GGAGUGUGUUAUGACCCCCAAGUCUUGCUAACCACUUACCUGAGAUGUCUCCCUAUGCCACUCAGGAAUUAGUUGGCGGGCGAGGCAACCAUGAAUGUACACAACUUCCCCUCGUUUAGCAAGAAUGCCCUAGACCUGGAUGCUAAGAUAGGGCAUGGGCACCAACCCACGACGGAUGGUAGGAAGAAAACACCGCCUCCCAACUGGAAGGCGAAGGAUCGCAUCAUGUUCGUCGACAACGAUGGUUCUACCAUCGAAUUAGAUGACGACUUCCAGGAAGGAGUAGGUACAGAGGCAGGCAGCGUAGAAGCUUCAGGGGGUGGAGCAGUCGUUGCCUCAGUGCAAGAAGGCAAGGCGACCGGUAGACGCCGUGGAGUCUCCCGGUUUAGGAGUCAAGUUGACCCCAAUGCUCCUCCAUGGGAGAAAGCGGGUCUCACAGAGGACGUAAGGAGAGACUGGCCCGGUGACAGCCUGUCUAUGGAUUUCAUGGACAAACUGGUCACCAGCAAGAGUGGAAUGAGAUAUAUCUAUGUCAUUGUGGAUAGGUUUAGUAAGUAUGCUAGAUUAGUUGCAAUGCCUGCUACAGCUAAGACCGAGUAUGUGAUCAAGCUGUUCAAAGAGAACUGGGUCAGAGACUUUGGGCUUCCAAAGUCUAUUGUGAGUGACAGGGAUGUCAGAUUCACCAGUGAUUUGUGGAAGGCAGCAGCUGCAGAACAGGGAGCACAGCUGCAGAUGACUUCUGGGAACCGCCCAGAGGCAAAUGGCCAAGCAGAGCAACUGAACGGCGCUGUACAACACCUGUUGCGGCACUACAUUAAGCCCAAUCAGGUGGACUGGGAUGAGAAACUUGCUCUCAUCGCCAGCCUGUACAACAACUCUGUGCACAGAGCCACUGGGGUAAGCCCUAACAGUCUGCUAUUGACUUUCAAGCCUAGACUGCCCCUAGACUUUCUACUACCUGACAACCAGCCAACUGCUGCCUUGGGCACACUUGAAUUUGCCUAUCGUUAUGAACAACUGAUGCAGCAGGCAGUAGAACAGAUGCGUAAGGCACAGGCGGCAAUGAUAGAGUCUGAGAACAAACACUGCCGCGCUUCUACAUUUCAGGUAGGGGACAGAGUCUGGGUAAAGUCCUCAGAUCUGGGACAGGAGCACGGGAUCUCCCGCAAGCUCAUGCCAGAGUACUUUGGACCAUGGGAGGUUCUGGAUGUUGUUGGGGGAGAUCCGGAUGGGCCAUCUUAUGUAAUCCGCAUUGGUCAUCUUCGCACUUACCCUGUCUUUCACGCCUCCAAACUCGCACCUUUCGAGGAAACUGAUCAGUUUCCCUCUCGUCGCUCAAUGCUGCCCCCAACCAUGGAUGGAGAGGUCGACAUCGAUGACAUCGUGGACCACAGGGAAAUGCCAGUUCCAAGACCAACAGGCAGGGGACGUCCUCCUAAGCCGAAGCUGCAGUAUUGCCACGGCCAAGGAGUUCCUAUCGCUGUGAGGCACAUCGAGAGCAUGAUCCGGAUGUCGGAAGCCCAUGCACGUAUGCACCUUCGUUCAUAUGUCAACGAUGAUGAUGUUGACACGGCAAUACGUGUGAUGCUCGAGUCUUUCAUCUCCACGCAGAAGUACGGUGUACAGAAAGCUCUCUCCAAGAGUUUCAAGAAGUUCAUGACCUACAAGAAGGACUUCAAUGAGUUGCUGUUGCACAUACUUAGACAGCUUGUGAAGGAGGCCAUGCGGUAUGACGAGCUCAUGUCAAGGUCACGCAGGGUAACAUCUGUAGAGAUCAAGGUGGAUGAUCUUGAGGCAAAGGCAAGGGAGUAUAACAUUAUGGAUUUGCACCCAUUCUUUGCCAGUCAGCAGUUCACUGCCAACAACUUCACUGUGGAUCCAGCGGAGCGCAUUAUUCGGCAUCACUUAUUCUGAGGAUUUGCCACGGGCACUGAGCGGCUGUCAAUGCACACUGUGCAUUGCUCUGCUCUCAUACCAUGAGAGUACACACGUCUUACUCAGCAGUCCACACUCCUUCGUGCCCCAGAGGAUGCAGAGUUGGGACUGAAGCAUGAAGCUGAGCACGCUCUCCCAAUGCUUAGUCAUGCCCGUCUCGCUAGAGCCGUGGUUGGGGCAGCCCUGAAAUGUCAGGGGAUGAGUUAAUCCUCUUCACUUACGGCAAGAGCGUAUGUCGGCUAUACAGUUU